UAUAUUAUCACGGGCACCCUGUGUUUUUAAAAUACUUUACAUACGUUUAAUCUGAACUACCCUAUUACAUCUCCGUGCAUUUUCAAUGAAAAUUGUUACCAAACUUGACGCUGAACGGGGUGAAGCGAACUUUAAAAAAUAUAUCUCUGUAUAAUCCAAUUUUUAUUGAAUGGAUGGAAGAGGUAAGUAAUUAUGAUUUCCUUACAUCAAUAUUUACUACCUCAGUAUAUUCUAUUGACUCAUACUUGUUCAUUUUAGAGGACGCGAUGCUUAUUUGAUGUAAUUUGUUGACGAAUCAAAAUUAUACAAAUACACCUUAAAGAGUUUUAAAUUUCAGGGUACUUGGCAAAUGUAGAGAUUAGUUUGUAUUUAUUUUAUGCUCUUUUGACACAUUAAUUCAAAAUCUGGAUAUAGUUAACUUUAAAUAAUUCUACAAGUAUUUCAGAUGGGUUUUUUGUUUGGUGAAGGUUUUUGAGGAUUUACGUGCUUUGAAGAGGAUAGUCAACUAAAGGACUCGGGCAUCGAACCCCAUCCCAAAAGAUUUAGAGGAUGUGAUGUGAAUAACUUCAUUUGUGUGGCGUCAUGUUUACUUUUAUGAACCCGGUAGCAAACUAUGUCAGAGAAAUUCGAGUACCCUGUAAACUCGACCCAAUCGAACGAACCUCGACAACACUUCCGUUCGUAUUCGAUUCUCAGUCGAGUUCCCGAACUCAGUCGCCGCAUUCCUCUAGAACGAUAUCAACAGCACCAUCCUUAGUGUAUCCAUUUGUAAGGCGAGACAUUCCCCCUGUGAAACGACAACUUCAUCGGGAAAUCUUGUACUUCUUUGGACGCAAUAAUGAGUUCUCUAGUAACAAGGAUGCUGUCAAAUAUUACAAGGAAUCACAUUCUCUAGGAAUUUCUGUGAAUUUAGACGAUGAAGCUUCGCGCCAACUCUUUAAGUCUUCUGCACACUGCCCGCGACAUCGAAUAUUAUUGAAACAUCGCAGGAUUGAAAGAACUAACAAUUGACGAAGAACUUGCGUGCAGAAAACAACCUCACCGUAAUUCUAUAGAAAUUGCAUUUCUUAAUGUUAUUUUCUGGUAUACAUUUUUCAUAAGUAUGGUACUGAACAAUUUUUUCUUAAUGUUAUUUUCUGGUAUACAU